GAUGCGGUGGCAGCUCAUCAUGGAGCCAGCGCGCGUGUGCAAGAAGAAGCGAUUGCUGCGCGGCCGCAAGGCGCGCAUUUGCCGCAAGGAGCCCAAGGUGGUGCGCGAGAUCGCGCGCGGCGUCGACCUGGGAAUCCGAGAGUGCCAGAACCAGUUCCGCUUCCACCGAUGGAACUGCUCCACGCUUCGGUCGUCCAUGAAGAAAGUGCUCAUGAAAGACACUCGCGAGGCGGCGUUCGUGGACGCCAUCGUGGCGGCGGGCGUGGUGUACGCGCUGACAGAGGCGUGCGCCCAGGGUCGCCUGCUCGAUUGCCAAUGCAGGCGGCGGCACAACGCCGCAAACCACCUGCAGGGGCGCACAGGCUGCGACCACUUCGUCGACUUCGGAUAUCACAAGUCGCGCGACUUCAUGAACCGGAAGCGCGUCGGUGACCUGCGCGCCACCAUCCUGUCGCACAACUACGAAGCCGGACGACAGGCCGUGCGACUGCACCUGGAGCGCGUGUGCCGCUGCCACGGCAUGUCCGGCACCUGCUCGCUGAAGACGUGCUGGCGCAAGCUGCCCACCUUUAGCAAGGUGGGGCUGCGGCUCAAGCAGCGCUUCCAGGGCGCAGUGCGCGUCACCGCCGGCAACUCGGGCAAGGGCUUCGUGCCGGAGACGGUGCGACCGCCGGGACGCGAGGACAUCGUCUUCUCCGAGGAGUCGCCUGACUACUGCGAGGCCGACCGGCGCACCGGAUCCCUGGGCACGAGGGGACGUCUCUGCAAGCUGGGCUCGCAGGGUCCCGACGACUGCCGGACCCUGUGCUGCGGUCGCAAGGUGCGCAGCCGGCAGACGGUGGUGAGCGUGGCGUGCAACUGUACCUUCCAGUACUGCUGCAACGUCACGUGCCAGACGUGCCUCGAGACUCUGCACGAGACGACGUGUCUAUAGGAGGCGUGCUUCUUCGGCAACGCGGCUGUUUGUGGACCACCAAAGACUGCUCUUCUGGAAGCGUGCCGUUGUGCUGUGCCAUCGCCUUAGCUUAGCUUUACUCUGAACGCUGCGAGGAACUAGUGUUUGGCUUAGUGAGAGAGAGAGAGAGAAAAAGAGACGAGUGGUGAGACUGCGAGCCUUACUCGAUUG